AUGGCCGACCAGACUCCCAGCGAAACCUCCGGCGCUGCUGUCCCCCAAGACUUGCCCGACCGCACCCAAAACCCCGCUGAUAACCAGGCAGGCGAUGCUAAAGGCGAUUCUAAGAAUGCCGCCAAGAAAGCCGCAAAGCUGGCUAAGCUGGCUGCCGAUAAGGCUGCAAAGGCUGCAGGCAAAGGAAAGGAGUCUAAGGAACCUAAGGAGCCCAAGAAGAAAGCUCCUUCUAAGAAGAAGGCCGACGGACCUCCUUUGAUUGGUAUCGAUGCUCUGAAGGAGGAGAACUUCCCAGAGUGGUAUUCGCAAGUCCUUGUCAAGAGUGAGAUGUUGGAUUACUAUGAUGUGUCUGGUUGCUUUAUUCUUCGGCCCGCUUCGUACUUCAUCUGGGAGGAAAUCCAGGACUUCUUCAACAAGCGUAUCAAGAGCAUCGGCGUCAAGAACUGCUCAUUCCCUCUAUUCGUCUCCGAGGAUGUGUUGCAGCGCGAGAAGGAACAUUUGGAGGGUUUCGCUGCUGAGUGGGAAUUCAAGAACCCCCAGCCUUUCCUGCGAACCCGUGAGUUCUUGUGGCAGGAGGGCCAUACCGCUCACUUGACCAAGGCUGGUGCCGAGGUUGAGGUUCACCAGAUCCUUGACUGGUACGCUGCUAUCUAUAAGGAUCUUCUCGCUGUUCCCGUCAUCAAGGGUCAGAAAUCCGAGAAGGAGCGAUUCGCUGGCAGAUAUAUUCCUGCCACUGGUCGUGGUAUCCAGGGCGCAACCAGCCACUGUCUCGGCCAGAACUUCUCUAAAAUGUUCAAUAUUACUGUUGAGGACCCAGAUGCCAAGUCUGGUGAGCAGAAGGCUGCUCUCCAUGUCUGGCAGAACUCCUGGGGCCUGUCGACCCGUUCUCUGGGUGUCAUGGUCAUGACCCACAGUGACAACCGUGGAUUGGUCCUGCCCCCCAGAGUCGCCGAGACUCAAGUCAUUAUCGUUCCCGUCGGUAUCACCGCGAAGACCACCGAGGAACAGCGCCUGAACCUCCUCGCUGAGAUUGACCGUCUCGUGGGUAACCUCACCGCUGCCGGUAUCCGUGCCGAAAGCGAUCUGCGUGAUGGCUACUCUCCUGGCUGGAAGUUCAACCAGUGGGAGAUGCGUGGUGUCCCCGUUCGCCUUGAGAUUGGCCCCGGUGAACUGGCUGGCAACUUCGUCACCUACUCUCGUCGUGACAUCGCUGGUAGUGACGGAAAGGGAACCAUCCCUAUUCCUGAGCUGCAGACCGCUAUCCCCACUCUCCUGGAUACCAUCCAUGAUGAUCUCUACAAGCGUGCCGAUGAUGCUUUCACCGAGCACCGUAAGACUAUCACCGACUGGAACGAGUUCUGCCCUGCUCUGAACAACAAGUGUGUUCUGGUCGUUCCCUUCUGUUUGGAAGAGGACUGCGAGGGUGAGAUUAAGGUUAUGAGUGCCCGCAAGGCCGAGGAGGACUCCGGCGAGGCAGAGGAUGCCAAGGCUCCCAGCAUGGGUGCCAAGUCUCUUUGCAUUCUUAAGGAACAGCCUUCUGAAAUCGCCGAGGGAACUCACUGCAUCAACCCCAACUGCAAGAACUCCGCACAGAAGUGGACUAUGUUCGGUCGCUCCUACUAA